AUGACCGAGCUGGUUGUGGGGGCUUUUGUCCGCAGCCGCUCCGACACGCCUGCCUUGUGCUGGGCACGCAGCGGGGUUCCGGGGACCCAGCGGGGGGCUGAGCUGGGCCUGCGUGGUGCAGAGGUGGCUGCGUGGCUGGGCUGGAGGAGGUACCAGAAGGAACCAAAUGUGACUUCCACGCUGGGAGCUGUGUUUGGCGUAACCACCUGCCUCAGUGCCCAAAUCCGAGAGGAACCAGAUGAUCCCUUGAACUAUUUCAUCGGAGGCUGUGCAACAGGAGCUCUCUUAGGUGCAAGAGCUCACAGUUACAUGACCGGGACCACUGCGUGCCUGGGGUUUGGGAUUACGGCCGCUCUCAUGAAGAUCGGUAACAAGGAGGGCUGGAGGCUGACGGGGCCGCCCAAGCUGUAA